AUGGUCUUCAUGUUCAUCACAGCCUUUGUACUCGCGGAGAUCUGUUCGGCGUUACCUCUUAGUGGUUCCAUCUAUAUUUGGACUGCUGAGAGUGCCGGUCCCAAGUACGCCAGAUUCUUCGGUUUCUUGGUCGCUUGGUGGUCGACCACUGCAUGGAUGACUUUCACCGCCAGUAACUGUCAAUCGACCGCAAAUUACAUCGUCUCUCAACUCAACGUCUGGGAGAUCGAGUUUCCCGGCAACAUGGACAAUACGAACGUGAAGUGGAGAGCAGUCAUCUGGGCUAUCUCUGAGGGGAUGCUCGUCAUCUCCAUCGCUAUCAACUACCUUCCGCCGAGGAUGUAUUCGGCUGUUUUCAAGUUUUCCGUCGGUCUUAUGAUGCUCGACUUCUUCCUCUGCUUGAUCUGGCUGCCCAUCGGUGUACACAACACCUACGGAUUUCGGUCAGCGAAGGAUGUAUUCACUUUGACCUAUAACGGCACAGGGGCUCCUGCGGGUUGGAACUGGAUUCUGUCCUUCCUUUUCACGGCCGGAACCCUGACUGGUUUCGAUGCGUCCGGGCACAUCGCGGAAGAGACGAAGAAUGCUAGUGUUGUUGCUGGUCGUGGUAUUGUUUCUUCUGCCAUCGCGACGGGCGUACUUGGAUUUGCCACCACGAUCCUAUUCUUGUUCUGCACACCCGACCUCGACACGCUUUUUGCACUCGACGCCCCGCAACCUUUCGUUCAAAUUUAUGCCAUGGCCCUUGGCAAAGGACCUAGCAUUUUCAUGACCGUCAUCGCCAUCAUCGGUCUCAUCAUGAACACAAGUAUUGCCGUAGUCGCCGCCUCGCGUCUUAUUUUCGCCGUGGCUCGUGAUGGCGUCCUCCCUCUCUCGGGAUGGAUCGGUCGGGUGGACAGCCAUGGACAGCCCAAGAACGCCGUUACAGUCAUGUUCGUCUUUGGCGCAGUUCUGCUUUGCACCAUCCUCCCCAGUCAAGUUGCAUUCACUUCCCUCGUGUCCGCCGGAGGAGUGCCUACCAUCGCCGCGUACGGUUUGAUCGGCUUGUUGCGCCUCACGAUGACGCCGAACAGCUUCAAGAACUCGUAUUUCUAUCUCGGAAAGCUUCGUCUGCCGUUCUACCUGGCCACGGCGUUGUUCAAUGGACUCGUCUUCGCUGUCAUGAUCUCCCCAUUCUACUUCCCGGUUGACUCCGAGUCCUUCAACUUCGCCUGUGUCAUCUUUGGCGCGGUCACCGUCUUCGCCAUCCUCUCCUGGUACUUCACUCCCGCCGAGAAGUGGCUGCGCCAGGAGCAGAUCAACGCCGCUCUACGCGAAACCGAUGGGUUCCCACCGGCGAGCGAUGAGGGCGUCUACGUGAACGACGAUUAG